UUAGAGAGCAAUUUAUGUCCGUCUGGUGGAGCUUUUUACCAUAUAUUUUCUGAACAAGAAUUAAAAAGGCAACACUGAUUAAGCUAAGCCAGACACACUUUUGUUUUUUCUACAGUUAAAAGGCAUUAUUCAGAUGAAAAAAAAAAAGCAUCUGGCAGUCUGGCAGUGUGGUGCAGCUGCAUGACAGAAAAGUGUGAAAACCAGAAAAGCCUUUCCUGCUUCAUAGCCUUUCACACACUUGUCUGCUGCUACAGUCUGUUGCACCCUCACCAUAGAAGGUACAAAUGGGUGCCCGCUCCUGAGGAAACAUGGAGAGGGAAGGGAUGCUGGUUCAGUCUAUCUACUAUGGCAGAAUUGGGAGCGAGGCCACAGAAAGGCUGCUGGAGAGGUAUGGACAAGAUGGCAGUUUUCUGCUGAGAGACAGCGAGACAGUACCGGGGGCCUACUGCCUGUGUGUGAGGAAAGCACCAUUCGUGCACACCUACAGACUUGUACACUCUGCUGACGGCUGGUGUCUGCAGGAUUCAAGUGCCGGGACGCAAAGAUUUAGGACUCUCCAAACAUUGAUAGAGAGCUACAGAAGGGGCGCAGUGUCUCAUGUUGGCUUGGCCCCCCUCACAGAUCCACUGGACAGAACACAAGUAGAGAACAGCUUGGGACAAGGUCUUGUCUACAUGGAAAUGAACAGCGGCAGCGGCUCCGUCUACUGAGGUGGUGACUUCAGCCCAGCACACCAGCGCUCUUAGCGGAGGGGAAGGAAAGGAGGACGGGAACAUGGGGCACAUCGCAGACCUGAUGCAUAUCACAUUAUUUAUUUUAUCAAUAUUUGUAUUGCCAGUGUUACCGAAGAAAUCCUUGAAAGUCCCUGAUUUUAGGAGCACAGUAUCUUUAUUACGAUGUUAACAUAUGACACAGUAUCUUCGCUACCCCGGUUCCCUUUUCUUCAUCAAAGACAACAAACAAAGAUGUUUUGUUUUUUUCUUAAUGGCCUCAGUCUCACACAUCUGUGUGAACUGUAAGGUAGUGCGCCAAAUAAAAGAAAGGUUUUCUGCA